AUGCUCCCAACAGAAGAGACAUCAAGUCGAAUUUGUGAGAAUGUCACGGAUGCUAUCGGCCAUACACCCUUGGUGUACUUGAAUAAUGUAACGAAAGGAGUGGACGCCAAAGUUGGUAGGUUAAUUUCUCAGCUUUACAAGUUAGAAAAGCUCUUUUUUAGCGCUUUUUGAUCUGUUUUCAGCGGCAAAACUAGAAUAUUUAAACCCAGCGCUCUCUGUGAAAGAUCGUCCAGCCUUGUACAUGAUAGAGGAAGCCGAGAAAGCUGGGGAAAUCAAGCCGGGAGAUGUUCUGAUUGAAGGAACCUCUGGGAAUAUGGGAAUCGGCCUUGCGAUGGCUGCCGCUGUGAAAGGAUACAAACUAGUGCUGGUUAUGCCCGAUUGUUAUAGUGUGGAAAGGGUGAGCCGCUUUCGUGUGUAAUUUGAAGGCUUAAUCUGAUGUCAGAACGUCGGGAAAAUAAUGGCGGGUCGUUGUAGCCAAUUGUUUCGCCGUCGAAAAAAAGGCACCAAAACUUCUAGCCGCUGUUAGCUGUCGGAAUGGGCGAUUCCAAGGCGCGACGUCCCGCCAGCUACUAUUUUGCUGACAGACUAACUGACAGAGAAGGACUGCAAGAUAAAAGUCUCACCCCCAAUUCAACAACCUUUUCAGAGAGCCAUCUGCAAAGCCCUAGGCGCCGAACUAGUCAUUGUGGAUGCGGCAAUUGGAAUCGACGGUGUAAUGAAGCGCCUGGACGAUCUACACGCUCUAAUCCCAAAUUCAUACUUGGUAAAUCAAUUUGCCAAUCCCAAUAACCCUAAGUCCCACUAUCUCUCGACGGGGCCAGAGAUCUGGCAACAAACGCAAGGAAAACUCGAUAUCGCUGUUUUUGGCGCCGGCACUGGUGGUACGGUCACCGGAGUUGGCCAGUACUUGAAAGAGAGAAACAAAGACGUCAAGGUGUUCGUUGUCGAGCCGUAUGAGAGCUCGGUGAUCAGUGGCGAAGUUGCGGGAUGCCAUCAUAUUCAAGGGAUCGGAGCGGGGGUGGUCCCACCCAAUCUACAGCCAGUCUAUGAUGGAGUGGUCAGAGUGAAAGAAAAAGAGGCGUUUGAAAUGGCCAGAAGACUGGCGAAAGAGGAGGGAAUUUUGUGCGGAAUCAGCAGUGGAGCCAACGUUGUUGCUGCUUUGGAGGUAAGGACUACAAUGAGGUACAGUCAAACUCGGGGCUCUACUAGGAGGAUGAGGGACAUGGAGAAUGGUAGCUUUCUCCUAGACAUGGAGAAUGGUAGCUUCUCCUAGACAAAGGUGGAUGAAAAUAAAUGAAAAGAGGCGGUCAAAAUAAAUUUUUGCGGCGCAAAGCUCUCGUCCGAGGCCGCAACGGACCUACAGUAGAAAAUUCAAGAAGUGUUACAGGCAGGCCUUUACGUAUGUAACGGUGUUCUUUCGGGCGUAGCUGCGAUGCCAGGGGCGUAGCUGGCGAAUCACAGGAGGAGUUUUUUGACAGCGCUCGAAGGGGUUUACUAUUAGUCUGUCGGGAAAAUAAUGUGCGCACUGUCACACUAAAAACGCGACAAAAUCAGAUUUCCUUUACUUCAAAUAAACGAUUGGCGCAGCGACAUUGCGUCACUAUUUUCCCGACAGACUGACAUUAUCUGAAUAAGAUCAUGUAUUUUUUCAGCUAGCCAAAAAAGAAGAGAACAAAGGGAAGCUCAUUGUGACUUGUCUACCCAGUUUCGGAGAGCGUUACCUCUCCACCGAUCUCUACAAGAAUAUCAAGGAAGAAUGCGAGAGAAUGCCCAACACAACAUUUGAAGAGGACGCUGAGUAUUUCAAAAAAGUUUUUAGCCUCGGUAGCUAA